AUGUACUUCACUUCAGCAGUCAGCUGUUGUUUGCUCGUGCUAGUACCAGCUUCUCUAUUAUCUUCCUUCUACCUAUACGUCUAUCCACUUUUCCAUUUCUGUACUUUCCCAUCGCCGAAUCAAGACACCCGCUCCGCAUACCUUACCACCCUCCGAUACCACGCCCCUCUCUUAAAACCCAACGCUCAAAAUGUAGCUCCAUUUCGGCUUCUUGUCUUCGGUGAUCCCCAGUUGGAAGGUGACUCAAGCAUAAAGCACGUAGAGGCUAUAACAUUUCCGAACUUGAAAAAAUUUUGGCGAGAUUUAAGGAAUCAUUCAAUUCUUCAACGAGUCCGGCUCAGCCUUCAUGACUUGAUAGAUUUCCACCUGGAUGAUAUUCCAAAAGCUAUAGGUGUAUGGCGAAAGCGACUUGACCAUGUUGGCAACGAUUAUUACCUUGCCCACAUAUACCGGACACUAAAAUGGUGGGCAAAUCCUACUCACAGCGCAGUUCUUGGCGACCUGGUCGGCAGUCAAUGGAUUGAUGAGGACGAAUUCAAGCAACGCGGUUGGCGAUUUUGGAAUAGGGUCUUUAAAGGAGGUAUCAAGGUCGAAGACGAGUUGACCACCUCUGACAAACCAGGUGGUCAGAAAGCUCGAAUUCUAAGUGAAGACUCUGAUGCUUGGAGAAGGCGGAUAAUCAAUGUUGCUGGCAAUCAUGAUAUCGGCUACGCUGGAGACAUGUCUUCCGAACGCCUAGCUCGGUUUAAAGAAGUCUUUGGCAAGGCUAACUAUGAGCUUCGCUUUCAACUUACGAACAAUACUACGAGCCUGCCCAUAGAUGGACAAGUUAGACCCGUGCCAGAGAUACGAAUUGUUAUUCUAAACAACUUGAACCUUGAUACGCCUGCGGGCUCAAAAGAAUUGCAGGACGAAACAUACACAUUCAUUAAUUCUAUUAUCGCCGACUCAGAAAAUGUCGAGCGCUUGGCCCAUUUUACAUUGCUCCUAACACAUGUUCCAUUGCACAAAGAGGCCGGUAUCUGUGCCGAUGAGCCAUUUUUUAGCUAUUUUGUCGACGAAUAUGAGAAUGGAUUAAAGGAGCAAAAUCAGUUAUCAAAGCAUUCUUCAAAGGGUAUCUUGGAAGGUAUUUACGGGAUGAGUGCAGAUCCAGCUGCUGCUGGCCAAGGAUAUGGAAGAAAUGGGAUCAUUUUGAAUGGACACGAUCACGAGGGUUGUGAUGUCUUUCAUUUUAUAAAUCAGUCUGCGUCCGAACCCCCGGAAUGGAGUUGCACAAAAUGGGAUAUUGCACGCUCUAACAACAUUCUGCAUCAGUCAGGAAUUCCUGGCCUAAGAGAAGUAACCGUCAGGAGUAUGAUGGGUGAUUUCCGUGGCAAUGCCGGUCUAUUGAGUGUGUGGUUUAACGAAGAUACUUGGACAUGGAAAUCUGAGUUUUUAAAUUGUGAACUGGGACCGCAACAUAUUUGGUGGGUUAUUCAUAUAUUAGACAUAGUUACCCUUUGUGUCAUACUACUUUACAGUGCCCUUGUACGCUACGAAAAGCGUUUCCCAAGGCAGACAGGUCGAGCUAUGUCCAGAAAAAAGCACACCAAGCGAUAA